GUGUCCCCCUGUGUGUCCCCCUGUGUGUCCCGGACCACGCUCACGCUGGAAGCGGCAGCAGCCUCUGCCUGAGAAGGGAAACUUUCCGGAGCCCCCCGGGUCCCGGGGCAGGGACACUACCACUAUCCCCCCACCGCACCCUGGAGCCCGUGGCCGCUGACGGGAGGAGGGGUGGGGGGCGCUGAUCGACCAGGAGGUGCACGCCGCCCGGAGCUGAUGCUUUUGCAGCGGGACACGGUGGAGCUGGGAGCCGAGCCCGGGGGCUCUGGGUGCGGGGUCGGGGCCGCGGGAGGCUGCGGGAACGGCUCGGAGCCCCUCGCCUACUCGGUGCGGGAGGCAGUGGCCCUGAGCUCCGUGGUGGGUCUAUUGAUGGCACUCACCAUCUUCGGUAAUGUCCUGGUCAUCAUCGCCGUGUUCACCAGCCGCGCUCUACGGGCUCCUCAGAACCUCUUCCUGGUAUCACUGGCCACCGCGGACAUUCUGGUCGCCACGCUGGUAAUGCCCUUUUCUCUGGCCAAGGAGCUCAUGGGUUACUGGUACUUUGGGCGCCUGUGGUGCCAGGUCCACCUGGCUGUUGAUGUCCUGUUUUGUACCGCGUCCAUCGCCCAUCUGUGCGCCAUCAGCCUGGACCGUUACUGGUCCAUCAGCCAAGCGAUCGAGUACAACCUGAAGAGGACCCCCCGCAGGAUCAAGGGGAUCAUUGUGAUCGUGUGGGUCAUCGCUGCUGCCAUCUCCUGUCCCCCCCUCAUUACCAACAUCAGUACCAACCAGAGCCAAGAGCCUGGGACCUGCCACAUUAAUGACCAGGUCUGGUACAUUAUCUCAUCGUGUAUCGGCUCCUUCUUCGCUCCGUGUAUCAUCAUGAUCCUGGUCUAUGUCCGGAUCUACCAGAUCGCCAAGUUCAGGAGCCGGGGCCGCCCCGGGGACAUUCCCAACGGCCUGAACCAGCCGCCAUCGCCCCCCGGAGCCCCGGAACCGGGCCAACACAACGGCGGAGACGGGCACCGGGUCCUGGCCGAGGUGGAAGACUCCUCAUCCUCGGAGCAGCCGCCCUGCCCCGCUUUAGCCCCUUCGCCGUCCCCGGCCACCCACCGCCAACACUGCCACCCACCGCAGCCGCAACACACCGCCCCGAGCCCGGCCAAGGCCACGGGCCAGGUCCGGUGUGUAGACGGCCGGCCGGUCAGUAGCCUGGUCCCCCGGAGCCGCUGGAAGGGCCGCCAGAACCGGGAGAAGCGCUUCACCUUCGUGCUGGCCGUGGUGAUCGGAGUGUUCGUCCUGUGCUGGUUCCCGUUUUUCUUCACCUACUCCCUAACCGCCAUCUGCCCCAAGCUCUGCCCGGUCCCGGAGAAACUCUUCAAAUUCUUUUUCUGGAUGGGUUACUGUAACAGCUCGGUGAACCCUCUCAUCUACACCGUCUUCAACCAGGACUUCAGGAAGGCCUUCAAAAAGAUUCUGUGCAGGGCUCAGCGCCGCGGCCAGAAACUCUGACACACCGUGACUGUACCCCGGGGGAACUGAACUGUUCAAACCCCGGGUCACCAGCCAAACUGUGCCGCCAAUACUAAAGAAAUGUGACUUUCAUCUCCGAAUUAACGGCAACUUCGUGUUUAUUUUGCAUUGAAGUCAGUUCUGUAACGCGAGCACUGCUGGAUACACGGUGCAUACAGAGGGACGGAGCGGCUGGCAGGGCAGGGGGCGCUCGGACUAGACCACCCUCCCCGAGCUGUCCUUUCACAUCCCCACCCCCCACUCCUUCCCAACAUCCCCGUCCCAGGACCGGAUCCCCCUUACUCUAGAUUCUUCCCCCCUGUCCUCCGCCCUAUGCCCCCUCCAACCCGUCCCACACCUCCCCACGCUCCUGCUUCUCUCCCUGUCCCGGGUCUGGGGUGACCACAGCUGCUUCAGUUUCCGAAUCUGGCCCCUUAUGAAGGGACACCUGGCGUGUCUGCUCCUGCUGGUCAAAACUACCCCCAAAGCAAGGAUUUCAGAAAAAAAAUGGCGUGUUUUGUUUAGGAGCGUUUACAAAGAGAGGGCUUAACCCGAUGGAAGGGCAUCAAACCUGCCUCAGAAUGAUCCCGGGAUAUUUCUCAUUGUAUACCGGCCCCCGGUAAAUGUCCACCGAGCAAAUCACCGCCGCAUAUUCCUGGUCACCGCCUGGGAGGGAUGUGGGUGCACAGCAGAAUUCACCAGGAGGUUCCCUGGCAUGGAGAGGUUUAGAGAGACGGGGACAGGCAAAGCAGUCGUUUUGGAACAGAGACGGCUGAGGGGGAUCUGAUUGAGGUGUACAAAGUUUGAGGAGCAUAGGAAGGUUAGAUACGGAGAAACCCUGCCCCUUUUUGGGGGGAGAGGAGUGGGUGAGGGUCUGGGUGGGUUAAGUAGCCGGGAUGUAUGCUUUUAAGGAGCAGGAGAUUAGAGGGAAAAAUAUACGGAGCGUUUAAGAACAAUUUAAAUCAAGUUCUGAAAAGCGAUGUGAGAUUGCAAUCGAUAUGAAUGUUUGAUGACCAGAACGGACAUGUGCCGGAGAAAAAAAAACUAUUUUCAAAAUUCCUACCAAUUAACAACGUUUUCCUGCCCAGUUCAAAUUCAGAACUGGAACGAAGAAUUUCUCAAAUCCUUCUGAGUUUCUGAGUCGCCUAUUCACUUUAGCUGCAUGUUAUUGUCAAAUAUCGAAAACUGAUUUUAAAACGAUUAUUUGAAGGACACCCGGAAUAAAAUAGCAACUGGAAUAGCCCCAUGUGAGUGUUGUCAAAGAGCCCCCACCCCAUCUUUGACCUUGUUCUGGGGAUAGUCAGAUCACAGAGAUACCGAAUAUUGUCUGUUAAAUAAUAUGUUCACCGCGUUUUAGAAUUGUCGACUAUGUUUGUAACGGAGUCUGGGAACAUUUUAAGUUUUUGCCGGGAACAGUGUGUCAACAUUUCAGCUGGUUUCCCGUCUCCAGCUCGGAAUUAUCUCAUAAAAAAUGUUCGAAUGAAAUUCACACCA